UCACUCGCAAGGUGAACUUCUAGCUGUAAACACCCAACCCCAAGCAUUUUCUGAGAAGAGUACACUAGCACAUAUUGUCCCCUUGCCCAACUCCGGCAUAUCUGAAAUUCAGAGGACAGGUUUCUCCCUUCUCCAGCAACUAAACCCUAAUCCAUGGCGGCGCACACCGGCCGAUUCACGGACGUCUGCGAAUCGGAAACUCUAAUAGAGAUCGUCUCCCCCUCCCCACUCGAUCUCAUCCGCUACGUUAAUUUCGUUCGCGACCCCUCCGCCGGCGCUAUUGCAACAUUUGAGGGCACCACCCGCGACACCUUCGACGGGCGUCGAGUCGUGGAGCUCCGGUACGAGGCUUACAUCACCAUGGCCACUCGCCAGCUCGCCGGCGUCUGCUCCGCAGCCCGCGCCGCAUGGUCACUCUGCCGCAUCGCAGUCGCCCACCGCCUCGGCACUGUUCCCGUCGGCGAGGCGAGCGUCUUCAUUGCUACCUCCGCCGUUCACCGCGCCGACGCCAUGGAGGCGUGUCGAUUCAUCAUCGACGAGAUCAAGGCCUCGGUGCCGAUCUGGAAGAAGGAGGUUUAUGAAAACGGUGAGGUGUGGAAGGAAAACAAGGAGUUUCUUGAACGCCGGCUGGUGCCGGAAGCCGAGCCGGCGGCGCAGGGUAGGGAGGCGGGGGGCAGGACGUCGUGCUGCUGCGGGAGCAAGAUAAGGGCACAGGGUGAUGCUAGCGAGGAGGCGGUGGCGGAUGGGUUUUGACGGUUUGUAGAAAUUACAAUCGGUAGGUUGUGUGCAAAUGUGAUCUCUUGCUGUUGAACUACUGGAAUAGAGGCAAUAGAGCAACAGUUUUCUACAGUAUCAGGCCGAAGGUCUCCAUGACUCGUUAAACAUGCACUGAAUUCUGUGGAGGUAACUCGAGCUUGAGAUUACAAACCUUUAUUAUCAAAUUUAUUACAUGUUUCAUCAUCUUUUUUACCUAGUAAAACGCGUUUGGUAUUCCACAUUCUCU